AUGUUCGCGGAUUAUCGAGUUCCACAAGCGCUCGCGUUUCUCGGAGCCCUAGAAUACUCUCAGAAUUUGCUCGAAAAACUUGGCGAAGGAAAGCGGCUCGAAAAUGGAAGUGAGCCAGAAGUCGAGUUGAGAGCUGCAAGUAUUGCUGUAUGUGAUGUGAGUUUUUGCAAGAGCUUCAAAACGAAUAUAAAUUUGAUUAGGCCACGCCCAUUUUUCCAGGAAAUCGUCGAUGAAAUGGAUCGCCUGAGAUCUGAAGAUUCCGAAUUUAUCGGAACUCGAAAAGUUCCAGCCAUGGAAGUUGAUGUUUAUGUUUGGGUUUAUAGAAGAACUCAUGCGGAGGAAGUCGAGAAAAAGGUUUGAUCUACUAGAAAUGCGUCAGCUUCGAGUCUCGCUGGCACAUUUUUUGUAAUUUUCAUUUUUCAGAUUCCAUUCCAUCGAACUCGCUGUAUUUAUUAUUGA